AUGUCAGUAUAUGACGAUCUAGUAACUGUCGCAUGUUGUUUGCACAAUAUGUUGAGAGAUGCGUUUUUGGAAAAAGGUAAUAACAUUUUUUAUGAAUAUGACGAAGGACAGACUACUGAGAUGGGCACUUUAUGUAGUAGAGGUGGCUUUGCGAGUGCAGAUGGUUUUGAUGUGAGGGAAAAAUUUAAACAAUUUUUUAUUCAAGAAGGAACAGUCUCGUGGCAAAAUUAUCAAGUUUCCAGAAUAUCAUCUACCAAUACUUAA